AUGAGUAUAAUCAAAGUUAUAAAGCCUUUGGAUGUGACAGUCUUCAUCAUCAUGUACAUAGAAUUCAAACUCGAGAGAAAUGCUAUGAAUACAAGAAAUCUUAACAGUCAUAAAAGAUUUCAUACAAGAGAGAAACCCUUUUUAUAUAAUCAAUAUGGUAAAGCCUUUACAGGAAAGAAUAGUCUUCACAGUCAUGAAAGAAUUCAUACUGGAGAGAAACGCUAUGAGUGUAAUGAAUGUGUUAAAGCAUUUGCACAAAAGGGUAAUCUUCAAAGUCAUGAAAGAAUUCAUACUGGAGAGAAACCAUAUGAAUAUAAUCAAUGUGGUAAAGCCUUUACACAGAAGAGUCAUCAUGAAAGUCAUGAAAGAAUUCAUACUGGAGAGAAACCCCAUGAAUGUAAUCAUUGUGGUAAAGCCUUUGCAAUGAAGAAUUAUCUUCUCAGCCAUGAAAGAAUUCAUACUGGAGAGAACACUUAUGAAUGUAAUCAAUGUGGUAAAGCCUUUGCACAGAAGAGUCAUCUUCAAAGUCAUGAAAGAAUUCAUACUGGAGAGAAACCCUAUGAUUGUCAUCAUUGUGGUAAAGCCUUUGCAAGAAAGAGUUCUCUUCUAACCCAUGAAAGAAUUCAUAGUGGAGAGAAACCCUAUGAAUGUAAUCAAUGUGGUAAAGCCUUUGCAUUGAAGAGUCAUCUUCACAAUCAUGAAAGAAUUCAUACUGGAGAGAAAACAUAUAAAUGUAAUCAAUGUGGUAAAACCUUUGCACAUAAGAUUUAUCUUCAAAGUCAUGAAAGAAUUCAUACUGGAGAGAAACCCUAUGAAUGUAAUCAAUGUGGUAAAGCCUUUGUACAGAAGAGUUAUCUUCUCACCCAUGAAAGACUUCAUACUGGAGAGAAACCAUAUAAAUGUGGCCAAUGCGGUAAAGCCUUUGCAUUGAAGAGUAUUCUUCAAAAUCAUGAAAGAAUUCAUACUGGAGAGAAACUCUAUGAAUGUAAUCAAUGUGGUAAAGCCUUUGUACAGAAGAGUAGCCUUCUACGUCAUGAAAGAAUUCAUACUGGAGAGAAACCCUAUAAAUGUGACCAAUGUAGUAAAGCCUUUGCUCAGAAGGUUAGUGUUCAAAGUCAUGAAAGAAUUCACACAGGAGAGAAACCAUAUGAAUGUAAUCAAUGUGGUAAAGCAUUUGUACAAAAUAGUAGCCUUCUAAGUCAUUAA